UAUAAAUACGCAAAGAUUAUAGGAGAGCAAAAGAUAUCACAUCAAUAAUCUUUACUUCCUCUUCUCUUCCUAAAGCAAGUUCUAGGUUUUUCGUUUCUUUCAAACCUUUCGAAAUCAACAUGAGUAAGGAAGAAAACUCAGUUUCCAUCCCAAUCGAUCUCAUCAACGAGAUAUUCUCGAGAUUACCAGCCAAAUCAGUCGCUAGGUUUUCUUGCCUGUCGAAGCAAUGGAGGGACAUGCUUGACCGUCCAUAUUUCAAAGAGUUGUUCUCCACCAGGUCCUCGGCUCGGCCGCGUCUCUUAUUCCUGGUCAAACGGGAUGGUUGUUCAUGUUAUUUCUCGUCGCCUCAGCCUCAUAAUCUAUACGAGAAUAAGUCCUCAUCUCUUGUAGUAACAGCCAACUUCCACAUGAAGUUACCUAAACACAUGCCGACUAGUAAUGAAAAGCAUGCCUUUGGUUUGUUCCUGUUACGUGUGUACAAGGGGUUGGUUAUAUGUAACCCUAGCACAGGCCAGUUGGCUCUUUUACCCGACAAAGAGGGGCUGAGUCCGAUAAUCUAUUUAUUGUUUGAUCCGGUUGACAAACAGUUUAAGGUAUUGUCCUUUAACUCUUACAAGCCAUCUCUAAUAUUGACACUAGGUACUGGAAACGAUUCGUGGGAGGAGAUCUAUUGUCCCUUAUACCCUUUGUCUACAGAUGGUUUGCCUGAAGGGAUAUGCAUCAAUGGGUUUUUGUAUUACUUUGCUACACAAGAGAUUAAUGCUGUAUUUUCUUAUCCCAUAGUUUGCUUUGAUGUUAGGUCUGAGGAAUUCAAGUUUAUAUACAUAGAUUUUAUUCGUGGUCGGUAUAGUAUUAAAAUGAUAAACUAUAAGGGAAAACUAGGGGUGGUUACUCUAGAGUAUGAUUAUAACCCUUGGGAUUGGGAUCCUAAUGACUCCAGGGGUAGAAAGUGUUCCCUUAAGUUGUGUAUGUCAGUUCUAAGGGAUGUUGAUGACCCAAACUCGGAAUGGUCGGAACAUGUCUACACUUUUCGGAAGACGAAUCAAUGCGUUGGCUGUAGAAAUGUUUCCACUUUAUGGGAGAAUCAAAUCGUUGCUGGGGAUGUUUCUGUUGUUGGAGUGACUGCCACAGGUGACGUUGUUUUGUGUAUGGAGGAUGCAUCUAAGCCGCUUUAUGCUUUCUACCUCAAUAUCGAAAGGAAGACUCUCCAACGAGUUGAAUUCCGAACUGCUAACAAUGAAGCUUUUGAGAAAUGUAGUAGCAAAGUUAUACUCUCUGUGGACCAUGUGGAGGAUCUUGACUUUAUUAAUAUGGAGACUAGAUAUGAUGAAACACCUAUAUAUAAGUUGAUGGCGUAAACCCACCAGAGCAUUACAUCAAACAUCAUCUUAGGCUCACAUGCAACAAGAUCGCCAAAGGUUUGAGAGCAUUAACAAAUUUGAUUCUCAGCUUCUUCUUCCAUUUUUUUUUGUAGAUGAUGAUGAGUUGUACAUGAUUGCUUCUUAAGCUAAGCUUUAUUUACAAUAUAUGUACACAAGUUGUAUUAUCCCGGUAAAC